GUCAUUGGUUCGGCCGUCGCUUCUCCCCUCGGCGGGGCCCCGUUGCUCUGCAGCCCGAGGAGUUGGAGCGGGAGGCAGGACAAAUACUUUCCUUACAUUGUUGGUGAGUUUGCAGCAAGUCCUCCGCCUGGGCCCCCGACCCUGCUGGAUCCUACUGUCCCCGGGGCCCGUGGAUUCCCCACUCCCUGGCCGACCCCCGCUCUCCUGGCCGACCCCUCGCUGUGGGAUUGAUUGAGAUGAGCAGUCUCUGGGCAUGAGUUCAGCAGCCAUGGACACCAAACAUUUCCUGCCACUGGGUGGCCGUACAUGUGCCGAUACUCUCAGAUGUACGACCAGUUGGACUGCUGGAUACGAUUUUUCCAGCCAGGUAAACUCUUCGUCCUUAAGCUCCUCGGGCCUCCGUGGGUCUAUGACUGCCCCUCUGCUCCAUCCGUCCCUCGGCAACUCUGGCUUAAACAACUCCCUAGGUUCCCCUACUCAGCUCCCCUCUCCCCUCAGCUCCCCCAUCAAUGGAAUGGGCCCACCUUUCUCUGUUAUCAGCCCUCCGCUGGGCCCAUCAAUGGCCAUUCCUUCGACUCCCGGCCUCGGCUAUGGAACAGGCAGCCCUCAGAUCCAUUCCCCCAUGAACUCGGUCAGCAGCACAGAAGACAUCAAGCCUCCUCCGGGAAUCAACGGCAUCCUUAAAGUACCCAUGCAUCCCUCCGGAGCUAUGGCCUCUUUCACUAAGCACAUCUGCGCCAUCUGUGGUGACAGAUCUUCAGGCAAACAUUACGGGGUUUACAGCUGCGAGGGCUGCAAGGGGUUUUUCAAGCGGACGGUGCGGAAGGACCUGACUUACACGUGCAGGGAUAGCAAAGACUGUAUGAUCGACAAACGCCAGAGGAACCGGUGCCAGUACUGCCGGUACCAGAAAUGCCUGGCCAUGGGCAUGAAACGAGAAGGGAUGGAACACCAUCCAUCCCAGCAUUCCAGAGAUCUGCGAUGUCAGGCGGAACAAGCAGUACAGGAGGAGAGACAGAGGGGGAAGGAACGAAAUGAGAAUGAAGUAGAGAGUAGCAACAGUGCCAACGAGGACAUGCCGGUGGAGAAGAUCCUUGAGGCGGAGCACGCGGUGGAACCAAAGACAGAGACGUACACUGAGGCUAACAUGGGCCUUGCUCCCAACUCCCCCAGCGACCCCGUUACCAACAUUUGCCAAGCAGCAGACAAGCAGCUCUUCACACUGGUCGAAUGGGCAAAGAGAAUCCCGCAUUUCUCUGAGCUGCCGCUGGAUGACCAAGUUAUCCUCCUUAGGGCAGGGUGGAAUGAGCUCCUCAUAGCCUCUUUUUCCCAUCGGUCGAUAGCCGUCAAAGAUGGAAUCCUUCUGGCCACAGGACUUCACGUACAUCGGAACAGCGCUCACAGUGCAGGAGUCGGUGCAAUCUUUGAUAGGGUCCUCACUGAGCUGGUGUCCAAAAUGCGAGACAUGCAGAUGGACAAAACAGAACUCGGUUGCUUACGAGCAAUUGUCCUCUUCAACCCAGACUCAAAAGGUCUCUCGAACCCUUUGGAGGUUGAGGCUCUCCGAGAGAAGGUCUAUGCAUCGUUAGAAGCCUACUGCAAACAGAAAUACCCCGAACAGCCCGGGAGAUUUGCUAAACUUCUCCUACGCCUGCCAGCUCUACGAUCUAUUGGCCUCAAAUGUCUGGAACACCUCUUCUUCUUCAAACUAAUAGGAGACACACCAAUCGACACUUUCUUAAUGGAGAUGCUGGAAGCCCCUCACCAAAUGACUUAAGAAAAAUGGAGAUCUUUCGUUUGUGCGUUGAGGGCUAUGGACUCCUUGUUGGACGCCCUCAGGGACACUUUGGUCUCCAGGACACCUACAGCGGGAAAAAAAAGAAACCCAUCAUGAAAAAAAAAAAAAAACGUCCAAGAGCCCUUAACCCUAUGUCACAUCUGCGCCUUUACUCCAUCCACAGAGAUAGGGAAACACUCUAUCGUUAAGAAAAGUGGAGCAGCAACGGACAUCAGGGAUAUGUUGAAAGUGGGCUCCCCGUAUUUGCCUCUUUGGGAGAGAUGGCUUGUUUUGUCGCUGCUGAGGCUUCAGUUGUUGAUAUUGUUUGGCUCCAUGUUCCCCUCCAUCCCCGUCCAAACACCAGCACCUGGAGUCAAGGUGAAUUCGCACAGAUAUUGGAGAGUGAAUGUAUUUCUUUUUUUUUGUGUAUAACAGCUGGACUUUUCUGAUCUGAUUCCUGCGAUGGCCACUAAAAUGUAGAGGGGGGCACAUGCCUUCUUAACAAGCUACGAGGAGAAAAGCUGCGUCGCAAAGGUCUCCACUGGGGCUUCUUUUGCAUUUACAGCGUUAUGCCAUACUUGACUUUAGGCCUUAAAAAUGAAAGAACAAAACCCAUCUCAGAACAGAGCUUACCUUUUAUUUUUUCUCCUCAAGCAGGCAUAUACUAUGAUGAAUAUGGCCAUAGAACCGGACUAUUUUAUUCUGUGGUAUACUUGCUAAAGAGCAUAAAGGUAGCUCCACUGCCUAAUUCAUUGUGUAGAGCAGAGAUGUUGAAUCUGCAGUCCAGCGGCUGUUGUGGAACUCUGUUCUAAUGGGGCUGAAGUUCAACAGCAGCUCAAGGAACGCACUUUGGACAACCCUGCUGUAGGACAACCAUUGGGGUGAUUGUUAUAGCUUUUCUAUAAGGCACUAUAGAUCAAGGCACUACAGACAUACUUUGUAUUUUUACAAACAAAAGCUAUGACUAGGAUUGCCCAGACGAUACAAUGGGCAGCAAAUCCAAGUCAUUUUGUUCUGGUUAGACAAAGUAAGUUUUAUUGAAUUUGUUUCCCUGACCUGAGGGUACCGCUACAGAUUUCUGGAGGAGAUGGUAAUGUUGAAGAUUGGUUUGAUGGAGUCAAGUUCCUUUACAUUAUUACUUAAGACCUUUUUGUUUCUCUGGGAAGAUAGACGUCCCCUUCAGAGGAACCAAAUAUUCACUGUAGAAACCUUAAAGGGCCUCUUCUGCCAAAGAUCUAGUGGCCUCUUCUGAUAACUCCAUCACAACCAACUAUAGCCUUUAUAGGCCACUGUAUUGUAUGGCGUGGUCCCAUUUAUUAAGGUGCUUGUGGUCUCCCGAAAUGUACCCCGCACAAAGGUAUUAGUCUGGUACUGGAUACAUUAUGAGAGGCAGCAUCACACUGCAGAUGUUGAUAGAAGAUGUAUUGAGCUUUAAGCAGGCCAUACAUGCAGGUAUGAAAUAAUUUAGUAUUAUUUUUUUGGUGCAUGUAGGGUGGCACAACGAUUCUCACUGAUAUCGAUUGCUGAAUGGGCCAGUCUGCCAGUGCAUGGUGCAUCAGCAGACAUGGAAGUAAGGAGGAGCUGAAGCUAUUGGCUUGAAUUAUUGGAAGAAAACUUAGGUGGCCAUACUAUGUAUGGUCCUUAAUAUAGUAUAAAUAUUUGUGAGGCCCUCAGCCUGAUCAGUCCAAUACCAUGCAUGGUACAGGAUUGGCCAGUAAAUGGCCGUCUUUAGAUUGUAUCCAAGAUUCUCCUCCUUGAGGCCCAGGCAAUGUCUGUAGCCACCAAUUACACAAGCUUGGCUACAACAGGAGACCUAAGCCUCCAAUUUGUUUGUAGAAAACAAGGCACUAACUUCAGUUUUUGUUAGUGGAUCUCCACUUUGAGGGUCUCUCUCCUGAAAUCCUGAGCGGGAUAUAGCGAGAAACUUUUCACUCGACGUGUCCUCUUAACGGGCCGUUUCCAACAUCGGAAAUGGAAUUGUUGGUGAACAGAAUCACAGGGAACCUUAUAAAAGCUAUCUUGCAUUUUUUUUUAUUUUUGUUUUUUUUACAGGGUAGGUCAGUGCAAGUUUUGCAUUAGUUGAACUAUUUGGCCUUUUUUUUUUUUUCUUGUAAAGUGUAAAUGGUAUAUAUGUAUAUUUUCCAAAGAUAUUUGUUCUCUUUAUCUUCUUCUUCUUCUCUCUUGCUCUUGGCCUGUUCUGUGAAAAAGAGCGAGUUCAUUUUUGGAAUCUGAGCCAAUGCUAUUGCACGCUUCCGUGAAGCUUUUUCUUUCCUACUCUCUGCCCGCAACUGGUCAAGCGCUUUUAUUGCCUUUGUUAUACCUCUUCUGUAAAUCUCAGUUUCUACGUCUCGAGCAGCAGAACACACUCGCUUUUUUAAUCGAUCAUCUAGUGUAGGCCAAUAAACUUUGCAGUUGGGAGGGAGUUUUGGCCUCAGCGAUCAGUUGAUUUUUACUUAAGGGCGCAACUCUGGACUUUAUCCAGUCAACCAGUAUGCAACUGGUGGUGCCGGCACAUCGGUAACUCCUAUAGACGUACCUCCGAGGGUUCUUAAGUUAAAGCAAUUUUGGAUGAUGAGGGUGCGAUCAUGGAUAGAGGUCCAGUCAAUGAAAGCCAAUGAUCUCAAGGAAUUUGGUCACUCAUAAGGGUUUGUCUAAAGAUGUCCAGUAUAGCACUUUUGAAUCACACAAACCUAUGGUUGACAUCAUGAAGGCCAUUGGGCUUAGCAUUAUAGAUUAAGACCAACUUCAAGUGUCCCCACACUGUGGCCAAAUUCGACGUCAUCUUGGUGUUCUUCCACUCCGAGGGUGGUCAUUCCAAAUUCUAAAGUUUUGAGUAGUUUUAUUGUCAAUGUGGAAAAUGCACUCUUCAGUAUGAGAACGUAUCUUUUUGUUAGCCUUGUUUUAAGAAAAAAAUCUACUUAAGCCUCUUCUGGCCCUCUCUGAAUGGCGUUUUCAUGACGGUUACUCAAAUAUACCAAGUGCCUGUGUGGCAAUGUUCUUUAUUGGGGUUUGAGUUUUUGUUUUUCUCCUCUGCUGGAAUGGGAUACUUUCAGCUCAAAAACAACUUCACUUGAAUGGAAUGCAGUCAUAUUUAUAGCCGGGAGGGGAAGGAGUUUUGGUUCCUUGAAUAAGAUGAGAAUUCGGAGCACGUUUCUGACCUAUGACAUGACCAGACCAAGACACCAGCAUUUUUUGGUUUCAUUUACUAAAAAUCUGCAGAAUGGGGUAAAACCUAAAUGAAGGUUUCUCUGUGCAAAACACCAAUCACUCAGGUACUUUGUGUUUAGUGUCGAGUGGUGGGGAUGCCAUAACUUGUAAGAAAGAAACGUUGGUAAAUGCAGAUGACUUACUGUUUUGCCUACAGUUCUAUAUGGGAGAAAGGUCCCAAAACAAAACAAGUCAUCAAUAGCCUGGCCCACUCAAAAUGCAACCAAUUUCCAUAGAUCAGAUUCACUGUACAGUAGAGGACACUGCCCUAAAGGAGGCGCUGUAGAGCACUUUUGUUUAAUAACCAACCACAAGCCCAACACCACUUACUACUAGUGCCUUAACAUACUCAUGAUCCCUAGCUAGGCAAUAGUAACCGGUCUUAGUGCCUUACUCCAUGCACCAAAACACCAGCGUGGGCAUCAGGAAGGCUGGCAAUCACUUCAACCACACCUUUUCCAAAUUCACGAGAAGCAAUGAUGGAAACCUGCAGGGAUAAGUGAAAUGCCUUAAAGCAUUAAGCAUCCCAAAUACUAUCAUUAUCACACGCCGCUCACAUUUGCACGCACACUGCUCCAUGUCUAAACCCCAAUGAAUGUUUUGUGUUCUUGUGAUAGUCCCAUUCUUUAGAAGACCCGGUGUAGACAUUACUUGCAUACACCUAGUUGAGCCUUCAAUGAAUUAUAUACUCUGCAGAGUGCAAAUAGUAAUCUACGUGCCUAAAAUAGACCACAGUCUUCUCUAAACCCCAUCCACUAGAAUAGUGAUUGCUCUGGAAUGAGUCAAUACUGAAAUCUCUCUCUUAACAGUAAGGGCAAGUUCUUCCAUCGGAAUGUCCCCAAUGGAGUCAAUGCAUUUACCUACGGAUCUUGUCCAUCCUCCUGUUAUGUGGAUCUUCUACCAUACUUCUUGAAGGUCUUCUGGACUGUGGAAAUGUAAACACUCAGGGCCACCUGCUGUUCAUUUCAGCUGAUUAGUCACAGUUGGCAGAAAAUUACGUUCCUGAGAACGGAGAUGACUUUCCUCUGACUUAAAUUUAUGCCGACUGUGGUCAGUUGGCUGAAAUGAACAGCAGGAGGCGCUGUUCUUCCAAAUGCAUUAUAUCAGAAUUAUAAAAAUGGGCAAAUAUCACAGAAAAUAAGGUGUAAAGUGCAAAAAGUAUUGUGAGCAUUUGCAAGGGUUUACAUUUCCAUUAAGUUGAUCUAGUUUCAGUAGGGCCAACCCAUACUCACACCUAAGAUGUUCUUUGGAACCUCUAACUGGAAUGGGAUCAAGAAAGGUGAAGACCAUUUUGUUUAUCCAAUCAGAUUGUAUAGGAAACAGCCCAAAGCUUGCAGUCUCUAAGAGGCCUACCUAUAGCAUUAUAGCUAUCGUCAGUAUCUAUAGGCCAGGGUUAAAUCAAUGGCAGUGGAAGGGUGGGCAACGAUAGGCAAAAGGUCUAGUGCAUCUGUUUUGAGAUGUUGUGUGUCGCACAGAAUUCAUAGGUAGUUACUGGUAUCCGGAUCGUUUUUACCAGCACAAAGAGAUUAUGUUGUAUUGUGCUUGUGAUACGGUGUAAAAAGUUAUCUAUUAAAAAAAAUAAAAAAAAUAGUUGAAAGAAAAAAAAUUAUCAGAAAGGGUAAAAGAAAAAAAAAUCUAUUGUAUCAGCAAAAUAAAGAAAAUCUAUUUUUGUAUGGAAGAAAGUUUAUCCCUUUUAUUGCAGGUUUUUUUUUUUUUGUAAUCACUUUCGAUGUGUUCUUGCCUAUUACACUUGGUGGAGCCAGCGGGGGGCUGCCAUCGGUAUGCCCUCAUUGUAGAAGUGGGAGUCAAUGAUGGGAAAUAGGACAACUGGGCAAAAUGUUAAUGGGGAGCCAGGACUAGUACCAAAUCUAAAAUCUCAUCCUGAAGGCCUAAACUUUGCUUGGUUUAGAUGGGUGGGAAGCAAUGAUGGGAAAUAGGACAACGGGGCAAAAUGUUAAUGGGGAGCCAGGACAAGAGCCAAGUCUAAAAUCUCAUCCUGAAGGCCUAAACUUUGCUUAGUUUAGAUGGGUGGGAAGCAAUGAUGGGAAAUAGGACAACAGGGCAAAAUGUUAAUGGGGAGCAAAGCCAAGAACAAAGUCUAAAAUCUCAUCCUGAAGGCCUAAACUUUGCUUGGUUUAGAUGGGUGGGAAGCAAUGAUGGGAAAUAGGACAACAGGGCAAAAUGUUAAUGGGGGGCCAGGACAAGAACCAAGUCUAAAAUCUCAUCCUGAAGGCCUAAACUUUGCUUGGUUUAGAUGGGUGGGAAGCAAUGAUGGGAAAUAGGACAACAGGGCAAAAUGUUAAUGGGGAGCAAGGACAAGAACCAAGUCUAAAAUCUCAUCCUGAAGGCCUAAACUUUGCUUGGUUUAGAAGUUCUGUUAUUGGGGUGUAGGACUGGGAAGACCAUCCGACAUUAGUUGCAGAACCCAUUGACUGUGCAGCCUCAUUGGAAAGUUUCCAAUGGGGCUGCAGAGCCAACGGGUUCUGCAACUGCGAUGUCUCGGCCCAUUGGGUAAGAACCCCUGGUGGAAGGCAUUGAUGGUAGCCCCCCCAUUGGCCACAGUAUUAUCCCAUGUUAGAGUGAAAGGUGGGGCGAAGGCACGGCUAGGGUAUUUAUAUACCAGUUCAUGGCAGCUAGGUGGUAUAUGAAAUCAGCAGAGACCCCCGCCCACCAAGUUCAAAAGCAACCAAUCGGCUGUGUUCAUGUGACUGCCUUCCCGCUCGGCUCUGUUUUACUGUGAAAUCACCUUCUGCACACGUCGGCUUCGAGAUGCAACGACGCAUUGGGAAUCUUGAGUAUUUUCUUGACGAAUAAAUGGUAUUAGAAUUGUAAACAAAAAAAACUCAGCGUUUUUAAAUAUAAUUCCAAGUUCAAGUUG